CCUUCAUGCAGGGAGGCUGCUCAUUUUUCUUCUCCAGUUAUUUUUUUUUUUCCAUUUCCCUCCUAUAUCAAUUAACAAUGGGGAUCUUCUACUCUAAGAAAAGAGAAGAGAAGAACAGAGAGUUGACGGAUGAGGAGAAGUAUGAGCUACGUAUGUCACAUGUGAGGAGAGAAGUAGAAACAUUGAUGAAUGACCUUGAUUCAUGCCACAGGGCAAAUGAAAAGGCUUUCAAAAGAACAUCUUAUAAUAUCAAUACAUUGAAGGUUUUCAUGAAAAACGUCAUGCAAGGUUUCGCAGCUUCUACAAGUCAUUUUGAAGCGCUGAAAAGGGAGUUGCAGGAACAUGAAGGGGAACAGUUUGAUGAUGAUGAGGAGGAGGAGGAUUUAGACUGGGAGAGUUUUAGUGAUGAGGAAUGUGAAGACUCUGAUUAUUUUUAUGAAUAUGAAGACUAUGAUGAUUCUGAUGAGGAAGAUGACGAAGACGGGGGUGUAGAUAAAGAUCAAGAAGAUGAGGAUGAAAGGGAGAAAGAUGACCAAGAACAGCAUACUGUUGAUAAAUCUGUACAAGCAAAUGAUUUUUUUCCUAAGUAUUUCAAGAAAAGUGCAGUGAAGAAGAAGAGUGAUGAGAAAGAAGACACAAAGAAGAGUGAUGGAAAGAAACAAACCAAAUGGAGUGAUGAUAAAGCCGAAAAGAAUAAUGAUAAAGCCAUAAAGAAUGAUGAAGCUACAGUGAAGAAUAAUGAUAAAGCCACAAUGAAGAGGGGUGAAGCCACAGUGAAGAAUGAUAAAGCCACAAUGAAGAAUGAUGAUAAACCCACAAUGAAAAGGGAUGAAGUCACAGUGGAGAAGGAUGAAGCCACAAUGAAGAGGGAUGAUGUCACAGUGAAGAAUGAUAAAGCCACAAUGAAGAGGGAUGAUGUCACAGUGAAGAAUGAUAAAGCCACAAUGAAGAAUGAUGAUAAAUCCACAAUGAAAAGGGGUGAAGUCACAGUGGAGAAGGAUGAAGCCACAAUGAAGAGGGAUGAAGCCACAGUGAAGAAUGAUAAAGCCACAAUGAAGAAUGAUAAUAAAUCCACAAUGAAAAGGGAUGAAGUCACAGUGGAGAAGGAUGAAGCCACAAUGAAGAGGGAUGAUGUCACAGUGAAGAAUGAUGAUAAAUACACAACGAAAAGGUAUGAAGCCACAAUGAAGAGAGAUGAAGCCAUAGUGAAGAAUGAUGAAUGUGAAGAGAAGAGUAAUGGUAAAAGAAAAAUGAUACAGCUACUAAGAAGAUUGAGCACCACGAAAGAGAAAGAUUAUAAAGAAGCCACAAAGACGAGUGAUGAUACAAAAGCCACAAAGACGAGUGAUGAUACAAAAGCCACAAAGACGAGUGAUGAUACAAAAGCCACAAAGACGAGUGAUGAUACAAAAGCCACAAAGACGAGUGAUGAUACAAAAGCCACAAAGACGAGUGAUGAUACAAAAGCCACAAAGACGAAUGAUACAAAAGCCACAAAGACGAGUGAUGAUACAAAAGCCACAAAGACGAGUGAUGAUACAAAAGCCACAAAGACGAGUGAUGAUACAAAAGCCACAAAGACGAGUGAUGAUACAAAAGCCACAAUGACGAGUGAUACAAAAGCCACACAGACGAGCGAUGAUACAAAAGCCACACAGACGAGCGAUGAUACAAAAGCCACACAGACGAGCGAUGAUACAGAAGCCACAAAGCAUGAUAAAGAAGAAACAAAGAAUGAUGAUAAAGAAGACACAAGUGAGAAUGAUAAUGAACACAAAUGGAACAGGACGACGAAGAUGAAGGUUCAGAUGAGUUGGUGUUUCACGUGACCAUAAAUUUGCCAUCAAGCAACUCAGAGAACAGGAAUGAUAAUGCAAUCGAUUUCGGAGAAACCCUAUCUGGAGCAGCUAGUAUGCUGAAAAAAUGGAGGGAUGACCUCUUUUGGAUAAUGAGAUCUAUUAAGAGACUAAAAUAUGUAAUGAACGAAUCAUUGCGACUAACCACUGGAGAACUUGCGUAAGAUGCUCACAAUAACUCAAAGAAAUGACGGAGGUAUUAGUUUAAGAGGAAGUUCAGACACGCUAUUGAUGUUUCAAUAUAUGUUAACAUCUGUGGUAUGGUAAGCAUAUUGUUAUCCUAUAUAGACUGUGUUUCGUGUGAGCAUAUUUAUUUUAAUGGGGGAUAUUAAACUUUUUGUAUUUGUCUUCUUUAUUUUACUCGUGUAGAUUUAUUGCAACAUUUUCAGUAAAUCUUUAAGAAUACUGAUUGAGACAUUUAACAAGGAUAUUAUAUAAUAUGAAAAAUGUUGAAAUAUAAAUUAUAAAAUGUAUAAAAGGCAUCAAGUUUGUUAAUGCAAAUAUAUAAAAUUAGGUUAUAUUUUCAGUGACUUUAUUACAGUAAAGUUUAUAAGGAUUAUAUAUUUAGGUGAAAGCUUAAAUGAUCAGGUUUUGUUAACUGAUAAUGUAGUAAAAUAUACUUUCGGUAAUAUUUCUAAAAUUUACACAGCUUAUUAAAGUGUUUAGAGAUUAUCUGGAUAUAGCAAUGGUUUGUUUUAUUUUUUCUGUGAUAUAUGUUACUAUAAUGAUUUGAGAUUUAA